GUUAUGCCGUUAUUCAGUGCAUGACAUUCCGUCAAAUUUCGUUCUUCACACUGUGUGGGUGGUGCAGGUGCUUCAAUGGCAUCUUCUCAAUGUCACCGCUUUCUUUGCAUUCACUCUCUGCAACUUCAACCUCACCAUUGCUAUCAUCCACCAUUCAAAUCUCCUACUUUAAUCCCAAAGCCUUAUCAUUGCUUUUCUCGCAUUCGAAUCCGAAUCGCACCAAAAGCUUCUUUGAAAAACAACCGUGCCACCACCACCACCACCAAUGAUUCCGUUGAAACUAGCUCCCUUGAAGAUGAAUCUUCUCGCAAUUCGUCUUCUUCGGAUGAUUCCUUUGCUUUUCUUCGUCGAUUCGGAGAUGGGUGGCUUAAAUUUGAUGAACUGGGGAAGGAAAUACUGUCCAUUGCACUACCUGCUGCUUUGGCAUUGGCAGCUGAUCCACUUACCUCACUGAUCGACACAGCAUUUGUCGGCCACAUAGGGCCUGCUGAAUUGGCUGCAGUUGGGGUUUCAACUUCUGUGUUUAAUUUGGUGUCAAAAAUAUUUAACAUUCCUUUACUUAAUAUUACCACAUCCUUUGUUGCCGAGGAACAGGCACUGAUCAGCAAGGAUUCCAGUCAAACUGAUGAAAGUAAUUUUGGUGGCAAAUACCAAAGCAAGAGGCGUAUUCCUUCAGUAUCAACUUCUUUAGCACUUGCUGCUACUCUUGGAAUUGCUGAAACUGUGCUUCUUUCCCUUGGUUCUGGCAUCAUUAUGAACAUCAUGGGUAUACCUGCUGAUUCCCCUAUGCGUGGACCUGCUGAGAACUUUCUUAUGCUAAGGGCCUUCGGCGCUCCAGCAAUUGUGAUUGCAUUAGCUGCUCAAGGCACUUUUCGUGGAUUUAAGGAUACAAAGACGCCUCGAUAUGCUGUUGGUGCUGGCAACGUUCUUAAUGCGAUAUUGGAUCCAAUAUUAAUAUUCUUUUUUGGCCUUGGCAUUAGUGGUGCUGCAGCUGCUACAGUGAUCUCUGAAUACUUAAUUGCUUUUAUUCUUCUAUGGAAAUUGACCGGCAAUGUGCUCCUAACGCCUUUUCACUUUGAUGGGAGAAAAUUUUUCAGCUAUCUGAAAUCUGGUGGUCUUCUUAUCGGCAGGACUGUGGCUGUGUUUCUGACUUUGACACUGUCAACCUCUAUGGCAGCUAAGCAGGGCCCUAUACCUAUGGCUGGUCAUCAAAUUUGCAUGCAAGUUUGGCUGCCGAUAUCUUUGCUCACUGAUGCUCUGGCACUUGCUGGUCAGACACUUCUUGCCAGCAGUUACUCGCAGGGAAAUUACGAGCAAGCACGCCUCAUUACAUAUAGAGUAUUACAGAUUGGUUUAGGAACAGGAAUUACUUUGUCCGUGAUCUUAUUCUUUGGGUUUGGAUCAUUUUCAAGCUUAUUUACCACAGACUUGGAAGUUCUGAGUGUUGCUCGGUCAGGCAUAUUGUUUGUGGCUGGAACUCAACCAGUGAAUGCUUUGGCAUUUGUCAUUGAUGGGCUUUACUAUGGGGUAUCAGACUAUGGUUAUGCUGCGUACUCAACGAUGCUGGUUGGACUAGUUUCUUCAAUGUUCUUGCUUGUAGCUGCUCCAGAACUUGGACUUCCUGGAGUCUGGGCAGGGUUGUUUCUCUUCAUGACUAUGCGUGUUCUCGCCGGAGCAUGGAGGUUGAGCAGCAAAAAUGGCCCGUGGAGUAUGAUCUGGUAUAAAGAUGGCGGUGGAGACUGACCGACAUUAUUUUGAAGUCAUCCAGUAAAGGCCAACUUUUUGAAUGGCCAGAACAUGAUCAAGAGCUCUAUGUUGUGAAAAAUAGGCCUGAUUUCCAUACCCUUGCAAUUGGAUAGAAUACAUAACAGUGUAGCAGUACUUGGUGCAAACCAGUUUACCAAAAUGAAAAUGUUGCUGAUACAGCUAGAUAGAAUUUAUAUAGUUUCCAAAGAAGUACAGAGAGGGAGAGAACAAGUCAUAGAAGAAAUUUGUAUUUAUUA